AUGAGAUAAUAUUUGAAUAGAUCAUUUUAUAUUAAGAAAGAUGUAACAAAAGAAGAGACUGAAAGAAUUAGUAAUAGAUAAAAGUCUAUGCAUGCUAGAGUAACUGCAAUUAGAAUGCCUCCAUUAACAAAUAAAACAAUUACUCUUUCUGAUUAAAAACAAGAACCUAAAUUCACAAUUUCAAGAUUUUCAAAAGCUAAAUAUUUACGUAAUGAUCUAAUAGAAACAUCAUUAUUAUAAAAUAAUGAAUAAGUAAAAGGGGAAGAAAAGCUCAAUUAAGUAUAAACAAUAGAGUAAUACUUUUUAUCUUAAGGAUUUGAUUUUUCUAUUUAAAUAAACAAAAAUCUAUAUUUACCAAUAGAAAAAUUUGAAGAUGAUACAUUAUAAGUAUAUUCUGAUGAUUAAAUUAUUUAAUUGCUGAAAAAUUAAAAAAUUUUAAUAUAUGUUAUGGAAUAGAAUACUUUAGGUGAUUGGUUCUGGUAUAGAGCUGAAUUAAUUGGAUAUUCAAAGUUAUUUCAUUACUAAAGAAAGAAUAGAGAAGGAAGGUGUGCUAGAAUUCAUUUUAUUAUGGAUUUUGAAGAUAAAUAAUUAUAUAUUAAAAAAUUAAGAUAAGCAUUUUAUCUAAGAGAUUAAAUGGAUAGAUAUUUAAAAUUCAAUUGUUAUGUAGAAAAUAUGCCAACUAAUGAUUUAAUUUAAUUAAAUGCUGAUUAAAAAAAAAAAAUUAAAAAAAGGUUAGGAUUUGAAUUCCCUAAAUAAUAAAUUUAAAAAGAAUUUAUGGAAGUUAACCUUUUAAAUCUAAAAACAUAAAAUGAAAUAAUUUUCAAACUAUUUUUAAAAAAUAAUGAAACAAAUAAAAAACUUAAAGAUUUACUUGAAAUUUUUAAAAAUUAAUACAUAAAACCAGAAAACUCAAUCAAAAAUCUUAUUUAAACUCAGUUAAUUUAUUCUGAAGGAAUACUUAUUUAAUAGAUAAAAACUUCAUUUUAAAUAUUGAGACAAUCAUAUUUUUUGGCAUCUAUUUCAAAUAUUAAACCUAUUUAAAAAUGUUUAUAAUAUAUUAGUAAUCAUGUUGCAGAUUUAUUAUAAUAUGAUUUAUUUGUAUAUUAAUAAUAGUCAUUUGAAAAAUUUAAGUUUUCAUAAGAAAUGCAUAUUAAAACUGUGCUACAAAGUAUUAAAAUUAAAUGGAUAGAAGAAAUCAUUGAAUUUUGUAGAAUAAAUUUAUAAAUACAAAAUAAAAAAAGUUUAAUUCUAACAUAAAUUUAAUUAGAUAGAUUUUUUUAAUUAACAAGAAUGAGAUUGCAGGAUGCAUUACUUAAUUUCUUGAAGAUAAAUUUUGAAAAAUUCAUUAAUUACUUAAAUACACAUAUUCCUGAAGAUGUAUAAAUUUAAUCCUAUUCAUAAGUUCAUAAUAUUUAUACAAAUUAAUAUGCAAUAAUUAAGCCUUUAUAUUCAAUUUAAAUUUUAUUUAAGGUUAAUGAAAUUUGUUAUUCUUUUAAUCCUAUUCAAUUUAAAGAUAUAAUAUUAGGAUUUUUUGAAUUAAUAUAUGAAGCAAUAGGAAAUAUACCUGAUCCAGAAACGAGAUUAAUAGAGUAUUUUUAAAAGGAAUUUUUAUACACAAUGAAUGGAAAUUUAAAAGCACCUGAGAAGGAACAAAAAGUAAAAUUUAUUAUUUAUUCUUAUUAGUAUAUUGAUACGAUUGAUAAUUUAUCGAAUAAAAUAAAAAAGUCUCUUUUUGAUUAUUUAAAAUAAUUUGAAAACUUACAAAAAUUGUAAAACCAAAAACCAUUUGAAAUAAAUCUAGCUGAAACUUUAAUUUUAAAUAAUCGAGAGGAUAUGAGAUUGAUUGAUCAAAUUCCAGAAUUUAUAGAAGUAGGAACAUUUUUAAUUGUAAUAUCUGAAAUGAAGAAUUAUUUUUAAUUAAUACUUAGGAAAAGGGAGUAAUAUUAUAUUGAGUAGUUGUCUUUAUAUCAUAAAGAAGAUUGUAUGAGAUUAUUAAACGAAUAUGCUAAUUUAGAAUUAAAAAUAAUAGAAAAACCUUAAAAUAUAGAAUUGCUUGUAGAAAAAAGGGAAUUUUUAGAAGAUGUUCUACCAUAAAAGUUGAGUUUUUUAUAAUAAGAAGUUUAAAAAAAUAAAUUGAAUUUUGAUUUAUUAAAUUCAGUGAUAGAAUGUUAAAAUAUUGUUUAUAUAAACUUUUAUCCAAUUAGAAGAGAAGAAACACAUAAAUAUUAUAGACUUUUAAUUUAAGAAUAAUAACUUUUAAAAUUAUCAAUGAUUUAAAAAUAAUUAUUAGAGAAUUAAAAGGAUGAAAUAUUUUAGAUUUAAGCACAUGAAUAAUAAAAAUUCAAAAAAAAAAUAAGAUAACUUUAAUAAUAAGUAUAUCAAUUUUAGGAAUAUUAUGAAUAAGAAUAGAGUAAGAUGGCAGAGGAUAUGAUGAUAGUUAUAAAUAAUUAAUUUAAAUAAUAUUCGGAUGAGGCUUAAAGAUUUAAUAAGAGAGAAUAAUUGUUUGGUUUGGAAUAGACAAAUUAUGAAAUUUUAUUAUAGUUAUAAUGUGAAUAUAAACCAUUUGAAGCAGUUUGGAGAGUGAAUUCAAUAUGGUAAUAAUAAAAUGUAAAAUGGUUAAAUGAUUCAUUGAAUAUAGUUGAUUAUUAGGCUUGUGAAUAGUUUUUUAAUUAAGAUUAUAAAUAAUUUAUAUAGGUAGUAGAUAAGAUAUAGAAUUAAGAGAUUUUUACAUUAUGGAAAGAGUUAAAAAAGGAGAUAGAUUAAUUUUAAAUGUAUGUUCCAAUAUUAUUAUCAUUAACAAAGAAUGGAUUGAGAAAGAGACAUUUUAAAUAUUUGGGUGAGUUAUUAAAUAUUGAAGAUUUAGAAUUUGAGAAUUAUAUAUCAUUGUAGUAAUUAAUAGAUUUAAAAAUAAUAAAUUAUAAUGAUGAAUGUAUAGAAUUGGGAUUGAAAGCUUAAGAAGAAUAUGGGAUAGAGUAGAUAUUAAAAUAGAUAACAGAAAUUUGGAGUGAAUAUAGAUUUAAUAGUAUGAUGGUGAAAGGAGUUUAAAUAUUUAAGAAAUUAGAUAUUGUAUAGGUAUUGGUAGAUGAUCAUUUAAUAUAAUUGGAAUUAAUGAUGAAAUAGAAGAAUAAUAAUUAUUUUAUAUAAAAAAUAAAUAAUUUAUAUGAUUAAUUGAGACAUAUAUCAUGUUAUUUAGAAGAAUGGAAUAAGACUUAGAGUUAAAUAGUAUAUUUAUAACCAGUUUUUGAUUCUGGAGAUAUAUUAAAAUAGUUACCAGUAGAAUAUAAAAAGUAUAGAUAGAUAGAUAAGUUAUAUAAAGAGAUAAUUGGUUAUUCAGAUAAAGUGAUUGAAUUUGGAUAACAAGAUGUAGAGAAAGUUAAAUAGAUAAAUGGUUUAUUGGAUCAAAUACAUAAAGAAUUAGGAAAUUAUUUAGAAAGAAAGAAGGAGAAAUUUAGUAGGUUUUAUUUUAUAUCAAAUGAAGAAAUUUUAGAGAUUUUAUCAAAUGGUUAAGAUUUAAUAUUUUUAUAGAAAUAUUUAUAUAAAUUAUUUGAGAGCAUUGUUAAUUUAAAGAUGAAUAAAUAAAAUUAAAUAUAUGCAGUAUAAACAAAAGAAUGUGAAUUAAGAUAUUAAGAGAAAGUAGAUACAAAUAAUAAAUGUAUUGAAGAUUGGUUAUUGGAAGUAGAAUAGUAGAUGAAAUAUAAUGUGAAAUAAAAUAUUUUGAGUAGAAAUAAUGAUUGUGGAAAUUAAGUUACAUUGAUAAAUUUUGAAUUAGAUCAUACAUAUAGAGUAGAGGAAGAUAUGAAAUAGGGCAGAGAUCUUAGAAUAUAUUUAGUAGAAUUGAAGGAUAAAUUAUAGAAUAAGAAUUUGGAUGUUGCAAACAUUAUAUUAUUAGCUCAUCAUGUAGAAGUAUUAAAAUAAUUAUUGGAUUAUAAUUAAUAAUUAAUACCAUUUUAUUGGAGUUUAUAAUUGAGAUAUUAUAUCAAGAAUACUAAUUGUUAAAUAAAUUCAUUAGAGGCAUCAAUAUAAUAUGGAUAUGAAUAUUAAGGUAAUUUAGAAAGAAUUAUAAUAACUCCAUUAACAGAAAGAAGUUUAGUAAUAUUUUUGAAUGCAUUACAUUACAAAAGAGGAGGAGCAGCUGUUGGUUAAACUGGAACUGGUAAAACUGAAACUAUUAAAGAUUUAUGUAAAGCUGUUGGUUAUAGAUGUAUUUUAUUUAAUUGUUCAGAAUUAGUUGAUUAUAUUCUAAUAUCAUAAUUUAUUAAAGGAAUUUAUACUAGUUAAUGUUGGAGUUGUUUUGAUGAAUUUAAUAGAAUUGCAGCUGAAGUACUUUCUGUUGCUGCAUCUAAAUUAAUGUAAUAUUAACCGGAUGGAAUAUUUGUUACUAUGAAUCCAGAUUACAAAGGAAGAAAUGAAUUUCCAGAUAAUUUAAAAUCUUAUUUUAGAAUGGCAUCAAUGAUUUCACCCAAUAUAUAAAUUAUUUUAUCAACAAUCUUAUCUAUAUUUGGAUUUAAUGAACCUUCGAAAUUAACUCAUUAAUUAAUGGAAUUGAUUUCAAUAUCUAAAGAUUUGUUAUCUAAUUAAUAUCAUUAUGAUUAUAGUUUAAGAGCAUUAAAAAGUGUAGUCAUAUUAGCAGGUCAAUUAUAUUAAGAAUAAUCAAAUGACCUAAAACUGGAUCAAUCUAAUUAUAUUCUAAAAGCUUUAAAAUAUGUAUAUGAACCUAAACUUAUUUAAAAUGAUCUUAUAUUAUUCCAUUAAUUGUUAUUAUAAUUUUAUCCUGCAUAAGAAAUCAAAUCUGUAGGAAGAGAUGAUUUUGGUCAUUUUAUUGCUACUAGUGUAUUAUAAUAAAAAGUAUCAGAACUUAAAUAAAUACUCAAACUUAGACAUGGUAUUAUGAUAGUUGGACCUGCAGGUUAAGGAAAAAGUGCUUGUUUAGAAGUAACACUUAAAUAAACUAAUUUAACUAACAUUCGGUUAUUUCCAAAAGCUAUGAAGGCUUCUGAAUUAUUUGGUUGUCUCAAUAUCAGUACAUUAGAAUGGGAAGAAGGAGUUUUACCAAGUUUAUUAAAAUUAGAAUAAUAAUAAGAAGUAUAUAUCUUUGAUGGAGCUGUUGAAACAGAAUGGAUUGAAACUAUGAAUUCUGCUUUAGACAAUAGUAAAAGACUUUGUUUAACUAAUGGAUGUAUAAUCAAUCUUAAUUGUUCUAUGAUUUUUGAAGUAGAUACUCUUAAAGGAGCAACACCUUCUACUAUCUCUCGUUGUGGUAUCUUAUAUAUUUCUGAUGAUCCUUUAUUAGGACUUAAACAAUUUAUUUCUCAAACAUGUGAUAAAUAAGCAUCCAAAUAUAAUGAGAUUAUUGAAAAACUUAAAAAUAGAAUUUUACAGCUUAAAAUACCUUUAAGUUACUUUUCACAUCAAUUAAUUACAAUUAUGAGACAAAUCUAAAGUGAAUAUCAUAAUUUUAAUAUUUAAUUGUUUAUUUAUUGUUUGGCAUGGACUAUAUUACCUUAAGUAAAUGAUAAAAAUGAACGAUCUAGUAUGAAUGAAUAUCUAAUGAAUCUAGGAAAUAUUAUUUGCGAUAAUUUAAUAAUAUAUAAUGAAUACAAAGAAGAUAUGAAUAAAUUUUAAUUAUUUCAUGUACCAACAAUUUUAAAAUUCACAAAUUUUGAAGACAUAUAUGUUCCAAAAAUAGAAGAUAUGGCAUAUUUAAAAAUAUCCUAAGCUCUUUUGAAUAAUACAAAUAUAAGAUUUGAAGGAAUUAGUGGUGCUGGUAAAACAAAACUUAUAAAUGAAAUACUUCAUAGUUUUUAAUAUAUAAGAAUUAAUUGUUCAUCAUCAACUAAUUCAUCAAAUACUUAAUAGACAUUAGAAUCAAAUUUAGAGAGAAGGAGAAAAGGAAUUUUUGGUCCAUAAAUGGGUUAGAGAUGUAUUAUAGUUUUGGAUGAUUUCCAUAUGCCUUAAGAUGUAGAAUUAAUUCGAUAAUUUUUACAUCAAAAAGGAUGGUAUUCAAAAAGAGAUUCACAUUCUAUUUUAUAAAAAAUAGAAGAUACUACAAUUUUAGCUGCAAUGACAUAAUAACACUAACAUAGUGAUAGAAUGUUAAGAUUAUGGACAACAUUUAAAUUCUUAUAAGAAGAAACAGUUUAUUAUACAAUAUUUAAUUAGAUGACAUAAGCAUUUUAAAUGCAACAUAUUGUAUAAAAAACAUUAUAAGCAUAUAAAUAAAUAAAAGAAUAAAUAAAAGCUACUCCACUUAAAGUACAUUAUUAAUUUACAAUGAGAGAUGUUUGGAGAGUAUUUUAGAGUAUGUGUACAAAAAAGACAUUAAAUGAAAAUUAAUGGAAUUUUGAGAUGGCAAGAGUAUUUGUAGAUAGAUUAAUAACAAAAUAAGAUAAGAUAUUAGCAUAAUCAAUAAUUGGUGUUGAUUCAGUAUAAUUUUGUGAAUUUUCAAGUGGAUAUAAUGAUCAUUCUUACAAGGCUGUAAAUGAUUUUGAUACUUUAUUAUAAUUAAUGAAAGAAUAAUUUUAAAAAUAAGGUAUUACAAUAUAUGAUGAUGCUUUAAAAUCAUUGAUUGCAAUUUCAAGAGUAUUAGGAUUAUAAUAAGGUCAUUUAGUAAUUUUAGGUUAAGUUGGUACUGGAGGAGUUUAAUUAUCUAAAUUAGCAGCAUUUAUUUAAGAAAGUGAAUCUCCUUAAAUUGAAAGAUGGAAAGAAGAUCUUAGGAAUAUAAUUAAAAAAUGUAUUAUUGAAAAUAAAAAGAUUGCAAUCAUUAUUGAUGAUUAAAGAAAUUCACAUAAUCAACCUACCAUUUAUUAAGAUAUAAGUACAUUAUUAAAUUCUGGAGAUUUAGAUAUAUUUAAUCGACAAGAAUUAGAUGAUCUUCAUUCUGUAUUUUAAGAAUAAAUUGAUUAAGAAUAUCAAGAUUGUAAAUCAAAUAGAAAAAUUAUAUUACAUAAACUUUAUUUGAAUAGAUUAGUUAAUAAUCUACAUUUCAUUGUUUGUAUAACAUCUACAAAUAAAUUUAGACAUUAUCCAAAUCUUAUUAAUUGUUCACAUAUUCUUGCAUUAUAAUAAUUACCAGAAUAAGCAUUAAUAAGUAUUGCUUAAAUGUAAUUAAAACAUUUAGAUAUUAAUCUAAAAUAAAUUAGUGAAUUAUUUAAAUUCUUCCAUUAAUCUGCAUAACUAAUUGAUAAUCAUUAGAAAAUAUAAACUGUGACUUCAAUCCAUUAUUAUGAUCUCAUUUAUACAUUUAAUAAACUUUAUCUAUUAAAGACUACAGAACUUUAAUCUAGAAUCAAUCGUAUUAAAAAUGGUUUAUCCAAAAUUUUAACUGCAAAUGAAACUAUUUCGGAAUUAAAAAAAGAAUUGCUUGAAAUAACACCUGAAAUUGAGAAAUCUUAAUAAGAAAGCUCUAGAAUGAUGGAAAAAUUAAAAUAAGAAAAAGAUUAAGCUUUUUAUUAAGAAUCAUUAUUAAGUGAAGAUGAAACACAAGCUAAUUUUUAAUAAAUUUAAGCCACUAAAUUAGCCAAUGAAGCUACAUAAGCAGUUAAGGAAGUUAAUCUAUUGUUGGAUCAAACUUUAUAAGAUGUAUCUAAAUUAAAAAAAGAACAUUUAAUUGAAAUUAAAUCUUUAGGUAAACCACCUAAACCAGUUGUUAUUAUUUUAACUGGAGUUGUUAUCUUAAAUCUAGAUAAUUUAAGAUCUUAAAUUACUUAACCUCUUACUACACUUACAAAUCAAGAUUAUUUUGAAAUUGCUAAAAAAUAUUUAUUGAAUGAUCCUAAAGAAUUAUUGGAACUAAUUAGAAAUUACGACAAAAAUAAUAUCAAUCCUUAUAAUAUUAACAGACUUGAAAAAAUUGUUUUAUCAGAACCAGAUUUCACAUUUGAAAGAGCCAAACAAUGUUCUGCAGCUGUCAAAUAUUUAUAUUCUUGGGUUAAGGCUAUGUAUGAAUAUAACAAAGUGUACAUAGAAACUAAACCAUUAAGGGAUAGACUUAUUGAAGCAUAAAAAUAAUUAAGAGAAAAAACAUAAAUUUUGAAUGAGAAAAAGUCAUAAUUGGUGAUUGUAUUUCAAAAAGUGAAGGAUUUAUAAGAAAAGUAUGACCAAUAAACAUAGAAAUGUGAUGUUCUAAAUAAAUAAUUAGAAGACUCAACGAAUAAAUUAUAACGUGCUAUAGGAUUAACAUAAGGAUUAGAACAAGAAUAAUAAAGAUGGUCUCAUCAAAUUAAUAUAUUAAAAAAUUCCUAAAAAAAUGUGUUAGGUGAUUGUGCAAUUGCAGCAGCGUAUUUGAACUAUUGUGCUCCUCUAACAGAAUAACUAAAAAAUUAAUUAUUAUAAUAAUGGGCUAAAUAAGUUAAGUCUAAAAUUGGAUUUGAAAAUCAUCCUUAAUAAUUUUUAAAUCCAUCUUAAAUUUAAGAUCUCUAAUAAAUUAACUCCAUAUUUUUAUAACAUAGUAUAAAACCUAUCCUUUGUAUUGAUCCUCAAUGUUAAGCAAAUGAAUAUUUAAGAUUGCAUAAUUCAGUUAUGGAUGUCAAUGAUUAACACUAAUUUGAAGUUGCACUAUCAUUAAAAUAAAGUAUUCUUAUUGAAAAUUUAAAUGUUAUUCCAAAUUGGUUAAUUGAUUAUGUCAAUAAUAACCCUCAUCCUAUAGUUAAAAUUUAUGUGACUACGAUGCAAUAUAAUUUUUAAAUGUCUUCUUUGAAUUAUUCAUAAUUUUAUGUUAUAAAUUUCCAAAUUACUAAACUCAAUGCUGAAGAAUUAAUCUUGAAUUAAAUAGUUAAUACAUAAAAUCCAGAAUUAUAUAAACAAUAAAUUGAAUUAAAAUAAAUGGAAUUUAAAAAUGAAUUAAAAUUAAAAUAAAUUGAAGAUACAAUUCUAUCUAUUUUAAAUGUUGAAAAUUUCAAAGAUUUACUCAAUUAAGAAACCUUAAUUAAUUAACUUUCUAAUUCAAAGAAAAUAUUUAAUGAAAUAUAAUUAGCAUAAUCAGAAUUUUAAUAAAUAUAAAAAGAUUUAACCAAUACUAAAUAGUAGUAUAAAUAAUUAGCCUCUAAAAUAACAGAUUUAUAUUUCAUAUCUUAAGAGAUGUAAUGUCUGGAUCCUAUGUAUUAAUUUUCAUUAGAAUGGUUUAUAAACUAACUUCUUUAUACUAUUAGAAAUACAAAUAAUCUAAAAUUACUUUUUCCUAAUUUUCGUUUAAGAUUUUAUUCAUGUUUAAGCAGAGUUUUAACAGAAAAACAUAGAUUUGUCUUUGCAUUUCUUUUAGCCAAAUAAUGUAUGGUUUCUGUUGAUUAAGAUGAUUGGUAAGCUUUUAUUGGAUAUUCAAAAUUAAAGACUGAUGUUUAAUAACCAAAAGAUAACCCUUUUACAUGGAUUGAUAAUUCUAAUUAUUAAAGAAUUUGUAUAGAAUUAGAUAACUUUUAAAUAGUAACUGCUAAAAUACUUAUUAAUAAUUUUGAAUAAAUUAAAUAGUUUUAUUUAAGUAAGAAAUACUAAGAAUCGGAGAUACCUCAUAUAGAAAGAUUAGAUGAAAUUUAAAGAAUAUUCAUAGUCAAAGCUAUUAGACCUGAUUAUAUUUAGAUUAUGAUUAAAUAAUUUAUAUAAAGAAUGCUAGAUUUUGAUGUUGACAAAGUUUAAUAAAUUCCACUUGACAUAACAUUUAAUGAAAGCUAAUAAAAUAAAAUAUUACUUUAUGUUUUAUAAAAUAAUUAAGAUCCAAUAGAGUAAAUAAAAGAUUUUGCAUCAACCAGAAACUUUAUUAAAAAAUUAUGGACUUUAUCUUUAGGAUAAGGAUAAGGUAAUAAAGCUGAGAAAUUGAUAAGAGAAGCAGCAGAAUAGGGACUUUGGAUUGUUAUAUAAAAUUGCCAUUUGCAUUAGUAAUGGUUAAAUGAAUUAGAUAAACUGAUUAUGAUUGAGUCACAUACAGAUUAUAGAUUAUGGUUAACUUCUAAAUCUAUAAUUUAAUUUCCAGGAAGAAUAUUAUAAAAAAGUGUUAAAUUAACUUAUAAUACGAAUGAUGAGAAAUAAAUAGAAAUGACAGAUAUUGCUAAAUUUCAUUUUGGAUUACUAAAUUUUUGUAAAUUAGGUUUGUUAGGUUUUAAUAAGAAAUAUUAGUUUACUUAAUAUGAUUUAAAUAUCACAUAAGAAUAAAGCAAUAAAAUUGAUGUAAGUGACAAAUUGAAACCAAUAGCUUUAAGUUAUAUAACAUCUUAAUUACAUUAUGGUGGUCAUAUUGUUGAUGAUCAAGAUUAAAUAAUUCUUAAUAAACUUUCUUGUUAUUAUUUAAUAGAUAAGGUAAGUCCAGUUAAUAGUAAUCUUAUAUAAAUAUAUCUAGGAGAAUAAAUAUGUCAAGAAUUUAUAAAUGAUUUAUUGUAUAAAGAAUAUGGAUAGAUAGAUUAAAUAAAUGAUGAGGUAAAUAAAACAGUAUAAUAUUUAAGUUCAAAUUUACCAAAAUAGAUAGUGUUUGAUAAUUCAAGGAAUCACAAAUUGGAUUCUUAUUUAGUUUAAGAGAUAUCAUUAAUCAAUUAAUUAAUAGAUAUAAUUGAAGAAUCUAUAUAAAUAAUAUAAAGAAUAUUAGCAGGAGAUUCAUGUCCAAACACAAUGAUAGCAGAAGAUAUAAAGUACUAAAGAGUACCAUAAUAAUGGAUGGAUAUAGGAUUUAGAAGUGAAAAUAAAUUGGGUUAAUGGUUUUAAGAGUUUUUAAGGAGAGCAAAUUUUAUAAAUAAUUGGAAUGAAUAAGGAAUACCAAAUGCAAUCUGGUUGGGUGGAUUUAUGAAACCAAAUAGUUUUUUAAUGUAUGCAAAAUAUAGUUAAGAAUGUUUAAAUAAAAAGACAAUAUUUACAAUAUUGGAUAGUAUAAAAUUAGAACAUAUAACAAAGAGUCCUUCAAAUGGUUAUUAUAUUUAUGGAUUGACUUUACAAGGGGCAAAAUGGAAUUAGAAAUAACAUAUAAUAGUAGAAUCAAAUUCUAUGUUAAAUGAAUUUCCAAUUUGUUUUUUGAAUUAUAAAGAAGAAGAUGAAUACUAGUUAUUUUAUUCAUGUCCGUUGUAUAAAUUAAUAGACAGAAAAGAAUUAAUAACAUUUAUUCCAAUGCCAUGUGAUACAAAUA